UUGGUUUAAUUAGGAAGCUCCAGCUGCACUGGGUGUGAUGAUGACCAUGCUGCUUGUCGUGUUUAUUUGUUGUCAAACAACUGCUGCAGGACUGCCUUAUCAUGCUGCUCUGCAAAUUACCUUACUAUCAGUAAAUAAACAGGCUGCCAUUCAUCAGAUAGCUAAUCUCUGGGUUUACAGUUUCGUGACUGACGUCUUUUGGCCUCUGUACUCUGCUAAAUAUCCUGCCGAGAACAUUUACAGUAGAUCAGUGCUGUUCAUAUUUGAGCAGAGAGGAAAAAGGGGCUCGCUUCCUGGCUGUCUGUCUUGGUUUUCUCUCAUCAUUUCAUCAGUGGAUUGCAAAGGACAUCUUCCAGAUCUCCAUCCCGAAAGGAAGCAGUGACCCUGCCUGACUGACACCCUGCUUCUCCUGCCCUCCGCCCAACUCCGCCCCCCCACCCCCUGUCCUGUUGGGGUCUCCGUGCUGCCGGCGGUGGAUUGGAGCACUCUGAUUGGAGGCUUUGCGAGGUGGUUUUUCGGUCUGGCGCCGCCUCCCCCCGGGGCCGGCGUGCGCUCCCAGCAGCCCGUGGUGCCCUGUGCCCCCCCCUCCCCAUCACUGCACACCAGAGCCCAUGCCCAGGGAGGAGGCGUGGCGCGUCCGCCAGGAGCCAUGUGCCUCCCUCACACCAACAACAUGGACAACAGCAAGCUACAGGGGACGGGGCCGGGGGGCGGGGCUUCACUUCGACCACGAGCAGGAGGCGUUCCACUGGAGCCCUUCAUACACCAGGUGGGGGGUCACACCAGUAUGAUGCGUUAUGAUGACCACACGGUGUGUAAACCUCUGAUCAGCAGAGAGCAGCGCUUCUACGAGUCUCUGCCUCCAGAGAUGAAGGAGUUCACGCCCGAGUAUAAAGGUGUGGUGCUGGUUUGUUUCGAGGGCGACUCUGACGGCUACAUCAACCUGGUGGCUUACCCCUACGUGGAGAGCAACAUGGAGGGAGGGCCCGCAGAGCAUGAGGAGCGCGACCCCCCAGAGAGGGAGCAGCCGAGGAGGAAACACUCCAGACGCAGCCUCCAUCGCUCCUCCUCCUCCUCUGACCACAAGGACGAGCGAGGCGAGAGGAGGGAGUCGCACGACACUGACACCUCUGAAAAUCUUGCAGAGCUGAAGAGUCCCAGGCUCGACCCAAAGAUCCACUCGGACGUUCCCUUCCAGAUGUUGGACUGGAACAGUGGUUUGAGUUCAGAGAAGAUCAGUUACAACCCCUGGAGCCUCCGCUGCCACAAACAGCAGCUCAGCCGCAUGAGGUCUGAAUCCAAGGACCGCAAACUCUUCAAGUUCCUGUUGUUGGAGAAUGUGGUUCACCACUUCUCGUAUCCCUGCAUCCUGGACCUGAAGAUGGGCACCAGGCAGCACGGAGACGACGCCUCCGAGGAGAAGGCAGCCAGGCAGAUGAAGAAAUGUGAACAGAGCACUUCAGGGACGCUGGGAGUCAGAGUGUGUGGCAUGCAGGUGUACCAGCUGAACACCGGUCACUACCUCUGCAGGAACAAGUACUACGGCCGCGGCCUGUCGAUCGAAGGCUUCCGCCAGGCCCUCUACCAGUACAUGCACAACGGAACGGGUCUGAGGCAGGACCUCUUUGAACCAAUCCUGAAUAAGCUUCGCAGCCUGAAGGCGGUGCUGGAGAGGCAGGCGUCCUACCGCUUCUACUCGUCUUCACUGCUCAUCAUCUAUGAGGGACAGGAACCUGAGGGCCCUUCAGUCCUCAGCUCUGGGAAGCACGCAACCUUGAAGACUCCUUCGGCCCCCGCAGACCCCCACUGUGGACCCGGGCCCCUCGCACCUCCAGCCCCGUGUGCUCCCUGUGAAACGGACAUGAGCCAGAUACCAGACCCGGGGUCACUGCCCUCUCAGGGACCUGGCCUGAUGGCUCCGCCCCCACCCAACCGUCAUCCUCCCCCACAGGCCCCGCCCACCAACUCAGACUGCCACUCCUUCUUCCCCCCUCUCCCGUCGUCUCACCCCCAUCCAGAGACCCCUGCUCCCAGCUUAAUGUCCUUCACCCCUCCUCCCGCCCCCCAGCCCCAGCAGCCCCCCCUGGUGGACGUGCGUAUGAUCGACUUCGCCCACUCCACCUUCAAGGGUUUCCGCGGCGACACUGCGGUGCACGACGGGCCGGACCGGGGCUACGUGUUUGGACUGGAGAGCCUGGUCCAGAUCCUGGAGAGCCUGCGGGACGACAACCUGCCGUAGCUCAGAGCAUGAACGCACACAACCCCCCCAACACACACACACACACACACACACACACACACACAGACACACACACACACACAGCUUGUUGUUCAGGCCAUACAGUCAGCGCAAGUCGUGCCGCGGCGUUGUCAAGAACUGAGACGACUCGGCUGUAAAUAUGGAACAGGGUUCUCCUGGACGUCGCCAUGGCAACAUGGGCAUCGACAGUCGAGUAGUUACUAUAGCAACAGCCAGGAGGUGGGACAGUGGAGCUGAAAUGGCUGCAACUUCAAGCUGAUAUGGAGAACCUCAGUCCUACUGAGGGUCUGCACACCACACACACACACACACACCGACACACACACCGACACACAAACACACACAUUUGUACUUCUAUACUUGUGAGGACCCACAUUGACAUUCCCCCUCCCCUGACCUUCAGCAUCUUAACUGAAUGCUUCACCACAACCGUCAACCCUAAACUGAAUCCUUAACAUAAAGUCCUAAUCUGUGUUCUGCUUGUUUAUGUUGUUUGUAUGUCUCAGAAGGGAAUCUUGAAGGUCAGAUCUAAGGACAGGAUAAGUUCACCCAUAAAUCCCCCUGAGGUAGAUGAGGACUGGUUGUUAUAACGUAACCAAACGACAAGAGAAAAAAUGGCGUCCUACGGCUCCUCUGGUGUAAUCCAAGUCUUCAGGAGGCCCAAACCAGAUUGAUUUGAGAAGAUAUUAUUUAGCCUCUAAGCUAAAACCAUUAGCACGCACCCUGUCUGAGGUGAGGGGGGUGUAACUAACCCUAAUAAAUUUCCUAAUCACUCUCAGAGCUUCCAUAGGCUCAGAUUACACAGGACAGGCUGUACGAAGACCCUUAAUGUUAUUUACAUUCCAAAACAAAUCUCCAUCUACUUCAGCUGUAGGAGAAUGCUGCACUGCUGUUUUGCUGCGAAGCUCCAGAGGGUGAGAAGAUAUUGACUGAAUCUUUAUCUCUGGGUGGACUGUUCCUAUUAAGGUCAGCACAGAGAACCUCAGCAGAAGAAAAUGAAAACAAACUUCUGGUGUUACACUUUAUUCUGCACAGCGAAGCUCAGACAUCCAAGUAAAGUAACAACAAGCAAACACGCUCAUGAGUCGAUGGGUCUUUAACCAAAACACCAGUUUACAUCGAAACAUGUCCCCACUCCUACGAUCCAAAACUGAACCCGGUCCUCACCAAGAUAGACGAACAACAGCCAACACACACACACACACACUCACACAUGUCCUGGGAACAGUUGUCUGUGGAGCUGUUUGACAACACAGCGGGACAGAGCGUCCUCUCUGAACGACCAAUCAGCUGGAUCCCAGGGGCCGCCCACUGAAGUUGGCCAACACUCACUUUACCCCCUUUUCACCCCCUGACUCUCUCCCCCACCACAUCACGUCCACUUCCCCUCACUCCUCUUUCUCUACAGAAACCAAACCAGGACAGGUGAUCAGACUCUUUUUAGCGUUACCUUGACAACGCACUCAGAAACACAUCCAAGCAUCCGUUAAAGCAAUAGAUGGCGACGAUAGACGGCAACUUUUUUUUCUGCAGCAGUGUGGAGGGGCAGCAGCGCCCGCAGGGAGAACGGAGGGAAAGUGCAAAAGAGAUUUGCAUCGUAGACGUAGGCUUUAAGGAGAGAAUAUAGAUCAUUUCUAAACCGCUGUUUGUCCAUUUUUGGGGCUUUAUUCAAAAAAACCUUAGUAGUUGUUGUCCUGUAAAAUCAUCCAUUGGGUUAUUGUGUAAUAUUGAAAGCAUAAGUGUCACUUUUCCCAAACGUGGUCUGGUGAUAUUUUUAUUAUUGUCAACAAAUCCCAGAAAAAAAAAGACCCAAACCAACAAUGAUUUGAUUUAACAAGUAUCGUCAGCCUGAUAUAUCUUAUUCCUCUGUGCCAUAGAGCGCCAUUGUUGUCCAAAAACUAUUUAAAACACACGAGUGAGUCACUCACUCUUUUGACUCAGGCGCAGAGACAUCGCCCUGCUGUCCCAAAUAUUCAGCAGAGCAUCAAAUGUGGUUUAAUCCACCGCUGAGAAGAAUCCCCAGUAAGUGCAUUAUUUCCUCCUGUUUGAGUGACUGCAUUAUUCAGCUGCUUUAGGAAGUUACUGAGACGGAUAUUAAAUAUUAUAUAUCUGUGAGAUUAGAAGUUAUUUUCAUAUAUCAACAUAAUUUGGAGGGGGGAUUUUAUGCAGUAAAGAGAUGACAGGAAACCUCAGGCUGAACUCUGACGCGUCCCUGAAAGUUUAUUCUGACUUUGGACACAAAACAAUUCUUCCCAUAAUGUCUGUUUGAUAUCUGGAGCUUCUUCAAGUUGCUCAGUUGUCCGGUAAUUUUAGAUGUUGAAAUUUUGUCUUUAAAGAAUUGUCGGCAAUGUUGGCACAAUUAAUCGAAAUACUAUCGAUAUCAUAACAUGACUAAGUGCAAAAUUCAAAUAAUAAGAUGCUUCAGUUUUUUUAUAAAGGGAAAAAUGUGACAAAACAGCGUUUUACUGCAGAGAUUUGAUACAGACACAGAUAAAUGUCACAUCAUCGUAAAUUUAACAGGUUUUCACUCAGUUUUUUUUUUUUUUCAUACAGCCCCACUUUUAACGCUAACGUGUUUCCAGUGUUUCAGUGUCGAAAAGUCCUUUAAAAAGUCCUUUAUUAGUCGUUUUUAAGAUUCACAUCUCCAGUUAGAACAAAUGAAAUGUCUCAACAAACAGACUAAAUCAUUGCUGAUUUGAAUCUUUUCAAAGGAUUUGUUGAUGGUAAAAAAAUAAAAAUAAAAUGACACCAGCCUUUUUCUUUUAAGUUAGGGCUGGGCGAUAUGGUUGAGUAUUUAAUAAAAAUAAUAUUUUCUUACAUAUAUUCUAUACAUAUAUACAGUAUGUGAUAAAAUCACAACACUGCAAAUCUGCAAAAAUCACACACACUCAAAACAAAAACAAAUUCCUGUUCAUUACAAUGAACUGUCAUCUUUGAAAAUCAGGAGAGAACUGAAUCAUCGUGAAGGAAUCAUUUGAAAUAAUGCUGAAUUGUUGCCCAGCCCGGCCUCAAACGUGUCAAACACACUAAAGACAAAAACAAUCCUCCUCCUCUAACCGCAGAAGCAGAAUUGGCCGCAGUGUCUCAUUUGAAGAUGUCACUGUGUGUCUCAUCUGAUUGGUCCUGAUGAGACAGUGGUAGCCAAUCACAUUUGUCCAUUUAUGCUUCCUUCAACAAGUUCCAGAGGGCCGGCUGUGACGCAGCGCCGCCCCCUGCUGGACAGCAACAGGAACUCAACCCAAGAAGCUGGAUUAAGAGAGAGCAAAUAUGAAUAUUUUAUUUUGGUUUAUCGAGGUGAUAAUUUAUUUUUUUAUUGUACCUUUGCCCAUUUGUGUGGGUAAAUGUUUUGUCUUUUACAUGUGUCCCCCCCCCCCCCAAAAUGUAUAAAAUGUAAAGAAAUUAGUUGCAUCAGAGACACAACGUGUGAAACGUCAGGAGAAUACACAGUAUUAUAUGAGCUGACUCAAGUCCGUUUUAUUUGCUGCUUCAGUCCAAAGCUUGUUGUGUGUCAACAGACAGAACCAGGUCGUGUUUCAUGAGGAAAAAAAAAACUGUCGCAGCAAAUCCAGACUUCAGCCAGCUCACUGAACCCAACACUUGUGCCUGCUGUGGAGUUGUUGCUCAGGUGGGAAGCUCUAUUGAACGUGUGUGUGUGUGCGUGUGUGUGUGUUAGAACAGAGGUAGACGCCAUCUUUAGUCUUUGGUUUGUUUCACUUCACGUUUAAGGAGUUGGUAAAAGAGGUGCAUGCACAUUAACGUCCUCCUGUUUGGGUCAGUUUCCACCACAGCGUCAUUGUUACAGUCGUCACAGAGUCUAAAGCGGCGGUGGUCCAGGUUUCCUCUCAGAUCGUUGAUAUCUCAUCGUGGAUAUUAGCCUCAUCGACUGAUCAGUUAUUUAGCUGCAUUUUCUGCAAUCUGACAUCAUCCUGACUGUUUGUUAGAACAGUGAAAGUAAGUGAGAUUAAAUCUUUCCAGAA